GUUCCCCCCUCGCCAGGACCCCGGGGCUUUGCAGCUGGGGCCGCUCCCGCUGCCCUUGGAUUAAAAAUAGCAUCUUCCCCGCUCCGCCCCCGGGCCCGGCUCAGGCCGCCUCUCCGUGCCCCGGGCCCGGCUGCGCUCGCUCUGCCUUCCCCUGGCUCGCGGGCGGUGCGGCCGGCCGGCCGGCGGGGCAGCAUGCAGCGGGCCGCGCUGUUCGGCAGCGGCAGGGAUGCGCAGAUGGCGGCGGGGGACCUGGGGGAGCUGCUGGUCCCCUACAUGCCCACGAUCCGCGUGCCCAAGUCCGGGGACCGGGUCUACAAGACGGAAUGUGCCUUCUCCUACGAGUGCCCGGAUUCAGAAGGAGGUCUCUAUGUGUGCAUGAACACGUUUCUGGGAUUUGGAAGGGAACACGUUGAAAGGCACUAUCGAAAAACAGGACAGUGUGUAUAUAUGCAUCUGAAACGACAUGUGAUAGAGAAGGUACCAGGAGCAUCUGGUGGAGCUUUACCGAAAAGGAGGAACGCAAUGCUAUUUUUAGAUCUAGAAACAAAUGGCGAUUUAAACAAUGACGAUGUUGAGUAUGAAGAUGAAGCCAAACUCGUUAUAUUUCCAGAUCACUAUGAAAUUCCAUUACCAAAUAUAGAGGAGUUGCCAGCACUGGUAACAAUAGCUUGUGACGCAGUCCUCAGUUCAAAAUCUCCCUACCGAAAGCAGGACCCGGACUCGUGGGAAGAAGAGCUACAAGUAUCCAAACACGCCAAAACGCUUGUACAGAUAGACAACGGUGUUAGGAUUCCUCCCAGUGGCUGGAAGUGCUCGAAGUGUGACCUGCGGGAGAACCUCUGGCUGAACCUGACGGAUGGCUCGGUGCUGUGCGGGAAAUGGUUCUUCGAUGGCAGUGGGGGAAACGGACAUGCACUGGAACACUACAAAGAGAUGGGCUAUCCCUUAGCAGUGAAGCUGGGAACCAUCACUCCUGAUGGUGCAGAUGUGUAUUCUUUUGAUGAAGAGGAGGCAGUUUUAGAUCCACAUAUAGCAAAACACUUGGCACACUUCGGGAUUGAUAUGCUCCAGAUGCAUGUGACAGAGAACGGCCUAAGAGAUAACAACAUAAAGCCAAGAGUCUCUGAGUGGGAAGUGAUUCAGGAAUCUGGUGUGAAGCUCAAGCCCAUGUAUGGCCCAGGAUACACUGGCAUGAAGAACCUGGGAAAUAGCUGCUACCUCAGUGCUGUCCUGCAGGCCAUUUUCAGCAUCCCAGAGUUUCAGCGAGCGUAUGUGGGAAACCUUCCGAGAAUAUUUGACUACUCGCCUCUAGAUCCAACACAAGAUUUCAACACGCAGAUGGCUAAAUUAGGACACGGACUCCUUUCGGGCCAGUACUCUAAACCACCAAUGAAAUCUGAGCUUAUUGAACAGGUGAUGAAGGAAGAACACAAGCCUCAACACAAUGGAAUUUCUCCUCGAAUGUUUAAGGCAUUUGUAAGCAAAGGGCACCCAGAAUUCUCCUCCAAUAGACAGCAAGAUGCACAGGAGUUUUUCCUGCACCUUAUAAACCUAGUAGAGAGAAACCGCAUUGGCUCAGAAAACCCCAGUGAUGUUUUCAGGUUCCUGGUGGAAGAACGCACACAGUGCUGCCAGUCUAGGAAAGUCCGAUACACAGAAAGGGUAGACUAUCUCAUGCAGUUACCUGUGGCCAUGGAGGCAGCAACGAACAAAGAUGAAUUAAUUGCCUAUGAACUGAAGAGGAGAGAAGCAGAAGCUGCUAGGAGACCUCCGCCAGAGCUCGUCCGUGCCAAGAUCCCUUUUAGUGCGUGUCUGCAGGCCUUUUCUGAACCAGAAAACGUAGAAGACUUCUGGAGCAGUGCCCUUCAAGCAAAAUCUGCAGGAGUUAAAACAUCUCGCUUUGCUUCAUUUCCUGAGUACCUGGUAGUGCAGAUAAAGAAGUUCACCUUUGGCCUUGACUGGAUACCCCAAAAGCUUGAUGUUUCCGUAGACAUGCCAGACCUACUAGACAUCAAUCACCUCCGUGCCACGGGACUACAACCAGGAGAAGAGGAACUUCCCGACAUUGCUCCACCCAUUAUCAUUCCUGAUGACCCCAAAGAUCGCAUGAUGAACCAUUUCAUGGAGCCUCCGGAUAUGGAUGAAUCUUCAGUGAUGCAGCUAGCAGAGAUGGGUUUCCCCUUGGAAGCGUGUCGGAAAGCUGUGUACUAUACAGGAAACAUGGGUGCUGAAGUGGCUUUCAACUGGAUCAUUGCACACAUGGAAGAACCGGAUUUUGCAGAGCCAUUAGCUAUACCUGGCUAUGGGGGAGUUGCUUCUGCUGGAGCAGCUGGUCUAGGGGCUAUUGGGUUAGAUAACCAGCCUCCAGAAGAGAUGGUAGCUCUCAUCACCUCCAUGGGAUUCCAGAGGAAUGUAGCUAUUCAAGCACUCAAAGCAACAAAUAAUAAUUUGGAGCAUGCACUGGACUGGAUCUUCAGCCACCCUGAGCCCGAAGAGGAAAGCGAGUCUGCUUCAGAUGUGAUGGAUAUGGAAAAUAAUGCUAAUGCCAACAUCCUUGCAGAGGCAGGUUCAGAGGGGCCCAGGAUCAAAGAUGGGUCUGGAAGGUAUGAGCUCUUUGGAUUCAUCAGCCACAUGGGAACAUCCACAAUGAGUGGCCACUAUGUUUCCCAUCUCAAAAAGGAAGGAAGAUGGGUGAUCUACAACGACCUUAAAGUCUGUGCCUCAGAACGACCUCCCAGAGACCUGGGCUAUAUUUACUUCUACCGUAGGAUACCAAGUUAGGCCUCAAAUACGUUAUUUGGCCUUAAGAAGCCAUAAACCCUUUUAAUCUGCCAAAAAAAAAAAGUAUAAAAAAUUUAAAAAAACAAAAAAACCUUGGACUGCCAAAAAAGCAAAGGAAAACAUGGGAUAUUUAUAGUUUAUUUAAAAACACAGUCAUUUGAUGCCUUCUUAAGUUUUAGCAGGGAAAUUUCUAUUAGGUGGAUAUUUUAAAUUGAUAUACAUUAAAGGAUAUCUUAAGACUGUGCAGGUUACUAAUGGAGUUUGCAAAUAGCUCAUGGAGAAUAUGCAUUUGUUUUAGAACUACACUACAACCCGAUUACUGCCCUGUGGUUCAGCUAUGUUCUUGGAAGACCUUUGGGGAAUGUACAGUUCUACAAUAGUAGCUGCCCACUGCUUCCAACUGGAGAGUCCACACUAGUUCUGGAUGUCACAAAUUUGCCUUUGCUUCAUGUAUAAUUGAAGGGGGGAGAAAUUGUUUUCCAUCACAGAAUAUGCCUCAGUCACGAUAUUAUUUUCAGUACAAUAAGGAAUGACUUAUAUAGCUAUGUAUAUUAAAAUGUAGUGAUACAGAA